AUGAAGCUCUUCCUUCCCUUCGUGGCUCUUGUAGCUGUCUCGACCCUCUCAGCAGCUGAGGUCAUAGACGAAAUCGGAGCUGGAGGCACGUGCAGCGGACGCAACGCACGUGUCGCCCCUCCCAAAGGUGCCAUCGUCGUUGACGCCACUGGUGACUUUGACGGCAGCUACGAGACCCUAUCGAAGGGUGUAGAGAGCUUGGACGUCACUUCAACGGACGUGCAGACCAUCUUCGUCAUGCCGGGUAUCUACGAAGAGCAGGUGCUCGUUCCUAGACUAGCAGGCGCUUUGGUGCUGCAGGGCUCGACGUGUGAUGCGAGAUCAUACGAAGACAACGAGGUCACGAUUACUCAGGCCACAGCGCAGAAGGAUCUCCCGCGGGAGUUGACUAAAGGACGUAAUGAUCUCACCAGUACAAUGCGCUUCAAGGCCAGUAAUGUGACAGUGUACAAUCUCAACAUUGCCAACACUGCUGGCAACGUUGGUCAAGCUGUGGCAGCUACGGUUGACGGAACGGACUAUGGUUUCUACGGGUGCAACUUCACGGGAUAUCAGGACACGUUGUACGCUAACAAAGGACGGCAACUGUACGCACAGUCGUACAUCAGUGGAGCCGUGGACUUCGUCUUUGGGUCCAAGGCUGUGGCCUGGUUCGAGAGCUGCGACAUUGAGACGGUUGGCAAGGGCUGUAUCACUGCUAACGGCCGUAGCACUGAAGAUGGCCCGUCCUACUAUGUGUUCAAUGACGCUCGAGUGUACGGCUCCAACCCCAAGGGCACGUCCUUCCUCGGUCGUCCCUGGCGUCCAUUCGCUCGCGUAGUGUGGCAGAACAGCGAGCUGAGCGACGUCAUCAAUCCUCUGGGCUGGUCUGCGUGGGACGCCACAUCUGGCACGAACGAUGUUCACUUUAGGGAGUUUAACAACACGGGAGCUGGUGCUGCGAUGGAUAAGAGAGUGGAAUUCAGCCUGGAACUUAAGAAGGCGGUGGACAUCACGGAGCUCCUGGGCGAGGAUUACGAGUCGCAGUGGUGGGUGGACCCGGACUAUCUGUAG